AUGCAUACCACCACUUCGUGGAAGCAAGGUCUUAUCCAGGUCGUUGAAAACGUUCCUCUGACAACAAGUAUUGAGACUUUAGAUCGUUACAACUGUGAUUUCUGCGUUCAUGGAGACGACCUCUCCAUUUCUGCCGAUGGAAAGGACACUUUUGAAGAAGUAAAAAAAGCGAACCGAUAUCGAGAAUGCAAACGCACAGCAGGAGUAUCGACUACUGUAAGAUAUAGUAGGAAGGAUGCUGCUAAUGACAAGAUCUCAUCAUGUACCUGA